AUGUCAGAUCAACAUCGCAGAUCGUCAAGAAGAAGCCAUCGCAAUGGCGAUACUACCGAACGCCGACAUCGUCGAGCAAGGGGUGAAAGCUCGAACUUUACUCUUGAUCGUUACCUAGACAAUAACGAUAUUGGAGCCGCCACCUUCCAUGGGGAGGACGGCUUCUAUCCAUCCCGCACCAGCUAUCAGGACCGCAACAUCCACGACCACCAAUCCAACCACCUUGAUAGCAGAUAUGCCAGCCAUUCCUCUAUCUAUCCUCACAACGAUCACUCUACUCGGAGUUCAAGACAGCCACAGCACCAACGCCUGACGAGCGUUACGCACGAUGCCUCGUUUGGGCAGCGCGUCAAUGGCCUCCCAGAUAGGCGACGACACAGAGAGGAGACCCCUCCUUAUUAUGACGAUGUUGAAUCAAUUGCUGGGCGUCAGGGAAGUGCUUUGGGUGGUUACUCUCCUGGACACUCCCGCCCCAGGCCCUCCCUUCUUGAUCACGACCCUCGUCUUCUACCUGAUCGCGAGAGAUCUAGACUCGAUAUUAGCCCCAUUGGCAACUUUACUUCUUCAUCAAGCCACCGCACAAACACUCGCCAAGCAGCAUAUCAAGGUCGCGCUAGUGAAUUUCUCGGCGACUUUGAUAGCAUGUUUGGCUCCUCUCGACAAGAUGAGCAUCACGAGGAGGUCCCACGGAGCAGCUAUUCACGUAGAAGCAGGAAGUAA